GUUUUCAAGUAGGGUGAAGAAAGAUAGAGAGACUCUCUCUCUAUCAUUCUCCACCUAUCUCCCGCUCCAGAGGAAUACGACCUAGAAAAUAGAAACUCUCAUUCGCUGUGUCGUACGUAGCCUCGCAGUUCUACUCGGAAGAUGCAUUGCAUCAGGAGCUCAAUCCUCCAGCAUUUGAGACUCAGAGUGCCGGUUAGAUCGGUUUUGCUUCUAGAGAAGGAGAAUGUUUUCAUUAGUAAAAUGAAUUUCACAACAGAACAUGAUGGAGGCCAAGAUCAGGUUUUGAGUAAGGUUAUUGAACUGGUCAAGAAGUACGACACAGCCAAUGCCUCUAAGGUUACUGAAACGGCUGACUUUAAGAAAGAUUUGUCGCUGGACAGUUUAGAUAGGGUGGAGAUAGUGAUGGCUAUUGAAGAAGAGUUCUCCGUUGAGAUCCCUGAUGAAAAAGCUGAUAAGCUUACUUGUUGUGCUGAUAUUGCAAGCUUCAUAGUCUCUGAAACUCACUCCAAAGCGCCAGAGUCCUGACUUUAUUUUCUUGUCUUCAUUGUUCUGUUAGUCAAAGUCUAGAGACAUUUCUCUCAUCCCUUUUCAUUUCCAUUUCAUCUUAUCUAUUCAAGUGUGAUCAUACAACUGUUGUGCCAAAAACUUGAGAACCUUUACACAUAAUAUGAUGCAAACACCAUUUAUAAUUA